CCAUCCUGCGGUAGUUUCAAAACAAAAGCAGCUUCUGCCACGGCAGUUUCAACUUUCAAAACAAGUGCUGCGCCUCGAUGGCUCUCCAAGUGGCAGAGCUUAUCCGCCGGCAGAGAUUCCUCAGCUUCUCCAAGGCUAGUUUUUUCUUAUCAGUGGUAUACUUCUCGGCCUUUGUUUCGAGCUUGUAUCAUUUGGUGAUCAUAUAUAACUUGAAGACAUGGCAGGUUGCAUUGUUCGCUGCUAUGGUGCCCUCAAAGAGAAAGCUUCUUCUUAUUUCUGCUUCUCCAAGGCCGCUUUAUUAAUGCAAGGUUUAUUUUUCAGCCAUGGCUUUGUACAACUUGCAUUUUUAAGUGUCAUGAUUUCUUUAAUCGAAGAAAUCUCUGGGAAGAAAAUACUGUGGUACAAUGCAGUCGUUUCGACCCUUGUAGAAGGCACUUCAUCAAUUUUGGUCAGUUUAAUGUCAUACGAUAAGUAUGGACGCAUGUUUCCCAAGACAUCUAUUCUCAUCACUCAAGGAAUUUUCCUCACGGGUUUGCUGAUAUUGUGGCUUACUCCAUCAUCAAACAUUAGAGCUAUUUACUUGGUACUAUCAUUAGUAACGGUAGGCAAAGCAGGAGUAAGAUACAUAACCUUCUUUCUAGAACGCCAGAUUAUGUUGGAACAUGACAUAGAUGACAAGAAAAUACUUGAGGAUCGUACAAAAUUUUGGAAGGUUAUUGGCCUGAUUUCAGGCGUCGGCACUGCUAUAGGGAUAUCAAGAAGGCCUUGGAAACUAAAGUUUAUGUUUUCAGCGAUAGCAAUGGGAAUUGGCUAUCUGUCUUUCUGUUUUGGACUCAUAUAUUACAAAUCUGAAAGGAAAAUAACUAAUAUCAUGCCCGUGGUUUCAGAGGACAAUCAAUCAAGGAAGAGUUCCCAAAGCUGGAGGCAUCUAAAAUUGCUUCCUUUAUGGAUACCAUUCCUUGCCUACUAUGUAGUCCAAACAGCAGGUACUACCUUCUUCCUGAAACAAAUUGAUGUGGUACAAGUUGAUAUUCUAGUUAAAAACAUCAAGUUUCUGGAUCCUGAAACUUGUAUGAUUUUAGUACGAAGCUUUCCCGGUGUCCUCUUGCGUCCCAUCUUAAAACGCUUUAGUGACAAAAAAUAUAAAUUGCGUGCUGCGCUUACCUUGGGGAUGGUUUUUAACUUUUGCUCCUGCAUUGCUUCUUGGCAUGUUGAGGCUCGCAGACUGCAUAUGUUCAAAAAAUCAGGAAGCAAUAUGAACCUCUUCUGGUUGGUUCCACAGUUCUUCUUGUUAGGAUGUGCGAUUGAACUUGUAGGAGAAGGGCUCGAAGAUUUCUUCUCUGACCUCGUACCAGAAUCGAAGCAAGAGUUGGGAUUCGCAUUCAAUAGACUUGUGGAAGGAAUGGGAAAAUUUAUUAGUGUGGGAUUUGUUCUAGCCUUUCGAAAUUAUUGGAUUGGUGACACUAUCAACAAAAGUCGUCUUGACAAUUACUACAGGGCAUUGGCAUUUCUAGCCUUAGGGGCCUUAUUUCUCUUCACAUAUCUAUCAAACACCGAUGGUUGCACUUGGGAGAUAGAUCUUGAGAAGAGUGAAGAGGGGGAUGCAGCUUUCCCUACGGACGUGGAGAUGGAUGUACUCUCAACUGGUAAUGAUGGAAAUUUAGUAUCUGUAAGAGUUUAGUUAAUUUCAAACUUUUGUUAAUGGUCCUUGUUUAAUUAGAUUUAGUGGGGUGUUUAGGGUUUUCCUGUUUUAUUUUUUGUGUUACGGUUUUCUCCCAAAAUUAAGCCUGAACCAACCCAGCCAAAAUGCUCUCUAAGAGCUGUGUAUGUAUUCUAAUUUAUUUAUUUAUUUAUUUAUUUUUUUGGUAGUGAGCAAGCUAGCAUGUAUUCUAACCGUGUGCAUGAACUGAA